UAAUGACAUAGCAGCGGAGCAAAGAGCGGAAGUGAUGUCACUUUCACUUUCUCAAUCUUAAAGUAAAGUCAACAGAAGAAACGGAGGCAGUGUUUUUGAACACAACACAAUGAAGCGUCAAAUAGACGAUGUAAUGGGGCUCUGCUGUAAAAUAUCAGAUAGCAGGCAGAUUAAAGCAGCAGUACAGAACUCAGCCAAAGGAGCUGCUACCGCAGGCGGAGGGGCGUUUUUAGGGGGGCUACUCGGAGGGCCACCCGGUAUAUUUAUUGGUGGUGCUCUGGGAGGUGCUGUUGGAUGGUGGAUGACUAAUGACAAAUUCCAGCCUCUUCAUCAAAUCAUAAUCGAGAUGCCUCCUCAACAAAAGAAGAAACUGUAUUCUGAUGUCAUGGCAGUACUGGGCAAUCUGGAUUGGGUUGACCUGGCUCAACUAACUUUUCUAGUAAUGAGUAAUUCCUCACUGCAGAUGCGAGUGCUUACUACUUUAAUCUCUUUUGCCACAAAAGAGCUUGGAGCCAAAGUGGAGUAUGGACAAAAAUAGUGGGUUAAUGUUACCUGCUUAGUCUAAGCCAAGUUUGACUACAGUACCUUAAGCUUUUUUAGUUUAUGUUUUGUUGUUGCUGUUUCUGAAAUCUGUUUUUACUUUUAUUUGUCUUUACAAUAAAAAAUGUAGGUGUUA